AGGGGGGAAGGAAAGAAGGAUAUUAAAAUCCUAACCUUAAAGGCCUUAGAUUUGAUCCUACAACCUUACUAGACCAAAUACUACUUUAAUGUAAGUAUCAAUAUAUCAUACUACUUCUAUACGGCAAUUGUACGGACCACUAACAUGACAUUAUGAUAUAAUUCUAUAAUCACACAACAAAACCCCAAAACAACCUUUUUUUUUUCAGGGAAACCUAAAAACAAGUAAUGCAACUUGAGCAUUUAGAAACAUUUGGUCCCCAUUUUGUAAAGCAAAGUUGAUCAAUUGAAAGGCUAAACUAUCAACUUCGCUCCUUCCCUGUUGAUUCACAUGAUCAUACCUUUUAAAGAAUGUAAUGUAAUCAUAAAAUAUCAUAGACAAGCCUAAUUCAAUAACAACUUAUAAAUGAUUAACAUUUUGUUGUUCCAUGUAUCCAUUUACAGGCUACAAGAGGUGAGGUAGCUCUCCAAAAAUUUAAUGAUCUUGGAUAAUCAUUUUAAUGACAUAUCCUGCUAACAAAUGCUGGAAAAAAACACUAUAAACCCCUUCUCCGCUGCUCCGACGUCCAACCAAUUCAGUCGGGAUACAUUCCAUUUAUAUCCAAGGGUGUAAAAUAUCACAAAGUAUCAAUUAAAAAAGAUCCAUUGAGUCCAAUUAGGAAUUCAUUGGGUUCUUUAGGACCAUCUUCUUUUUUAUCUUAUAACAAAAUAAAAACCAAUUAGAUGAAAAAAAAGAGAGUCCGCUGAUGAAUUUACCCAUCUCCGAAGUAUCCAUUAUCUCAUAAUAAAAUACUAUAUUGACUGUAUCGCACUAUGUAUCAUUUGAUAACCCAAGAAACCCUCUAUUUUUACUUUUGUUUUCGUAAAUUGAAAUGGACGAACAGGCAUUAAUUAAGCUACCUGCUACCCCCUCUUCCCCUCAUGUUACAUACGUGAUGCGCCUAUGAAACAUCAUCGAAAGAGAAUUAGUUAGAAUUAUUGGAUAAUAUUAUAUGUAAAGGGAUAAUAUUAUAUUGUAAAGGGUAGAAGGGUACUUUCAUAGUAAUAGGUCUGUAUUAUAUACACUAUAUAUAUUGAAUGCCAGGUUAACCUACAACAGGUUAACACAAUUAUUUUCCCACAAUUGUACAUGGUAUCACAGCUCAGGAUUCUCUAAAGAAAGAAAAAAAAAAAAAAGCCCAAAUUUUUUUUUUCCGUCAGCCUUCCUCUUUCUUUUACGUUUUACGUUUUUCUAUCCUGGCCAUGGAUUCUCACAUCCAAGCUUCCGCUGCCUAUGCUGCCGCCACGCAGCCUACUCCGGCAACCUCCGCCGUCGCCCCGACGCUUCCGUCGGCGACCGCCUCUGCCGCCGCGCCUCCCGGUGCCUUCGCAGUCCCGCAGUAACACCCUGCCCCUUUCUACUCACCGUCGCUGUUUGCUGCUGGCUCCCCUCCGUCGCCCCUCCGCGACUACUCCGGCUUUGUCCCGUCGCCGCCUGUCACCGGCUGGUUCACGUCCGGCCACGCCACCACGUCCGCAAUCCCUGUUUUUGCUGCACAGUCCUUCCUCUUCCUCACGUGUGCACCCACGUAUCCCUCCCGGAUUCUCGGUUUCCCAGUCGACCCCUAUCACCGGCGCUGUGCCACCGGAAGGCAUCCCUUCAUCGCCGGCGACAGCAUAUUUCGGUCACCCAUACUUUUCCAAUGUACCGCCUUCAUUCGGUCUUCCACAGUUUUCGGCCCCUAAUCUUAGUAAUUUGACUACAACUGGAGGGCGAAAUCGGGGCAGGAAUAACAGAAAUAGAGGUGGUAAUAAUAAUCGUGGGGGCAACAAUGCUCGGGCUAAUAAUGGUGGGAAUGGAGGAAACAACAACAACACUGGUAAUCGGGGACGCUCAAAUGGUAUAAGUAAAUUUUCUAACUUGUCAUCCUAUAGUAUGCCUUGCAUAGAUUAUAUUGCUAAUAAUUUGUCGUCUGCAGGGAGUAAUUCAUCGAAUAGUAACAAUGUUACCUCUACCCCUACUUCCGAUACAUGUGGUUUGUGUUGGUUUCCAGGUCACCAAGCUGCCUACUGUCCCCAACGUUUCAAUCAUAACUUUGUUCCCUCCUCCUCAGAAAGUGUCACUCGAGCCUUAGCUGCACUGUCUGUUGGUGGUGAAACUAAUGACUCUAUCUGGUACCCGGAUUCGGGAGCUGCAUCCCACAUGACUUCUCUGGAUGGUACGUUCUCUAUUAAAACUCCUUAUACUGGGUCUAGUUCUGUUGUAGUUGGUAAUCGUACCUUACUCCCAAUUAAAAGUACUGGAAAUUUAAUUUUUAAAACUGCAAGUCGUCCCUCCGUUUAUCAUCUGUCUGUCAUGUCCCUACUUUAUAAAUAAUUUAUUAUCAGUUAACAAGUUGUGUCAUGAAAAUGAUUGUGUUGUGAGUUUUGAUAAAAAUUCUGUUUAUGUUAAGGACCAGAUAACGGGGGAAUUUCUGCUCCAGGGAACCAGUAAGCACGGUGUCUACCCUUUACAACCCAGCAUUGUCCCUCCUGAGCCUUCAGUUCCUGCUUUCCUAGCCACUAAGGAGUCGGGUGACGUGUGGCAUGCUCGUCUGGGUCAUACCUCUUCUAGCAUUAUAGGAAACUUAUGUUCAAAUAAAUACAUCACAUGUACCUCUAAGUUUCAUGAUGACUGUGUAGGAUGUAAGUUAGGAAAAAUACAUCGUCUACCUUUUGAUUCUGUUGAACAUAUUUCCACAUAUCCUUUAUAUAAAAUUCAUAGUGACCUUUGGCAAUCUCCUGUUUUGUCAAAUCAAUUAUUUCGAUAU